CUAGUUGGACAGCCACCGUGUUGGGGACCCCCGACCUCAAAUAUCUCUCUCUCUCUCUCCAACAAUUUCUUUCCUGCUUGAGAAUCUCUCUCUCUCUCUCUCUCUCUCUCUGAUCUCACCCGUCUCCUGCACAUUUGAUCAACCGAUCCGAUCGUCUGAGUCAGAGAACAUCAAGCAGAGAGUCACCUGUACUCGCCGCGUUUUGCUCGGAAAGGCGGUGAGGAUGUCGACCCCUGCAAGGAAGAGGCUGAUGAGGGAUUUUAAGAGGUUGCAACAGGACCCUCCUGCAGGUAUCAGUGGUGCUCCUCAAGACAACAAUAUAAUGCUUUGGAAUGCCGUCAUAUUCGGUCCUGAUGAUACCCCGUGGGAUGGAGGUACGUUUAAAUUGACACUCCAAUUUUCAGAGGAUUAUCCAAAUAAGCCACCAACUGUGCGCUUUGUUUCUCGAAUGUUCCAUCCAAAUAUUUAUGCAGAUGGAAGCAUUUGUUUGGAUAUUCUACAAAAUCAGUGGAGUCCUAUCUAUGAUGUGGCCGCUAUACUUACCUCCAUCCAGUCAUUGCUUUGUGACCCAAACCCUAACUCCCCUGCCAAUUCAGAAGCUGCACGGAUGUUUAGCGAGAAUAAGCGCGAGUACAACAGGAGAGUCCGGGAGAUUGUUGAGCAGAGUUGGACUGCUGACUAAUAGUUCAUGCACGGUUUGAAUAAUAUGGAAAACAUAUAAGACAAUUGUGUUGAAACCUCUGUGGAUUCUAUAAUGUGUGCGCUUACAUUGUUUUGAUGAAUGGCAGACGAUGUUAUUUUUGUACUUCUUGAACAUGAUUUGCAGUCUCUCUGGUCGUUUUUAUGUAAAUACGAAAUUAUGACAUUCGCUAGCAGCAGAAAAUCCGUACUUUUGUUUAUCCAA